GACCGGAAGUGACGUAGGCAAGCGCCAUAUUGCGCUUUUACUCGAGGAGGAUAGUGCGGCCUACACCGCAAGUCAAAGAAAACAUGUAAUGGAUUUAAAUGUUGAAGUAAACUGAUUGUAAUAAAAAAAAAAAAAUACUCAAAGAUACAAUUACCAUGUAGUGUAACAGCGAAAGAAAAAAAUACCAGCUAAUUCACUGCCAAUCAUGACCACUGAAUCCACAUCUAAAGAGUAUGAAGCAUCGAGCCAAGCAUGCAGGAUUUUACCAACUGAGGCAAGCCAUGUUCAACCAAAAGCCUCUCUUCUUAAAAUCUUGCGUGCUGCUGGUGCAAAAGAAGAUAUCUUCACAUUGAAGGAGGUUAUGCAUUACCUUGGACAGUACAUUAUGCUAAAACAGCUGUAUGACCAGCAGAAGCAACACUUGGUACAUUGUGACGAUGACCCUCUUGGUGAUCUUCUGGAAGUUGAAAGCUUCUCUGUCAAAAACCCCAGUCCAAUCUAUGAGAUGUUGAAGAAGAAUCUGACUGUGUUAAGUUUUACAGACGCUGCAAAGACUCUUUCUGUCGCCAAGGAUUCAAAUCAUGAGGCUACGAGUGAAGAUCCUGGGCAGAGGGGAUCACAGAUCUUUGUGGAUACCUCUGCUCACUUGACAUCGGCUGAAAUCAUUCCACAGCAAGUUAUAUCACAGCGUAGGUGUAGAGAGUCUGAUGGAGGGUCCCAUGAUGGUCAGCACGAGUCCCAACGUAAAAGGCCAAAGAUAGACGUUUCUUUAGAAGAAUGGGAUUUGUCCGGUUUACCCUGGUGGUUUCUAGGGAAUCUCCACUACAGUUACAGCCAGAAGAGCAACGGUUCUACAGAUUUACAAACCAAUCAGGAUGAAGCCACUGUCAUAGUGUCGGACGCUACUGAUGAUCUGUGUUUCCUUAAUGACAAAGAAUAUGAUCCAAAUGAUAAACAGGUGAAGGAUAAACAGCUUGCCAAGGACGAGAUUGAGGAAGAUGUCGGAAAAGAGGAGGAAUCCAUUUUUGAAAAUGACGUCCAAGACGAUACUCAGUACUUCAAUACUGAUAAAGAACAAUUUACAGAGGAUUCUUGGCAGUGCACAGAGUGUCACAUGCGCAAUUCCUCAGUGCAACGGUACUGUGUACGCUGCUGGGCCCUUCAAAAGAACUGGUUUAAAGACUGCCCACGACUGCUGCGGGCAGUCUCUAUUCCAGACAUACCAGUCCGUAAAGAUGAAGAUUGUGGAAUAGAUAUUCCUGACUGCCGCAGAACUGUGUCUGACCCUAUUGUUCUUCCCUCACGCAUUUCUCAUAAACCAGAAGGUUUACACACAGAGCCUCCUGAUUCUUCAUUAAGUCUUAGCCAAACUUUACUUGGUGAUUCCUUCAGCUUGGAUAUGAUAGACGGUACUGAGGGUGACAGCCAGGACCUGUUGGAAUUGGAUCAAGGAUACAAGGAUAGACGUGAAGCUAUACUGGAACCUUGCAGUUUAUGCAGUGCCCGUCCCCGCAAUGGUAACAUCAUCCAUGGUCGCACCUCUCACUUGAUCACUUGCUUCCCAUGUGCCAAGAAACUGCAUAAAUCACGCAAUCCCUGCCCAGGCUGUGGCCAAACCAUUCAGAAGGUUAUCAAAACAUUCAUUGCUUAGGCAUGAUGAUGAUGAUGAUGAUGAUUUUGCACAGUGUUUACCCCAUCUCACUUUUCCUGCACUCUGUAAUGAAGAGAGUCUUAAAAUAUAUAUAUUUAUGCAAAUGUUAAUUUUGUAGAUACUAAAUGAUGUAAAAUAAAAGGUCAAAAGUUGAUAUGCUGGAA